UUCCUCUGCUGUUUAACUGUGAUCCCAGCAGUGUGCAGUUCACUGUGCUGUUGCCACAGCAGCUGGGAGAUCUAAAGGGCCAUCAUGCCAGUAGAGGUGGUGCUGGACGGGCCGGCCCCCUGGGGGUUCCGCCUGGCUGGAGGAAAAGACUUCAACCAGCCCCUGACCAUCUCCAGGAUCACUCCGGGCAGUAAGGCAUCCAAGGCCAACUUGUGCCCCGGUGACAUUGUUUUAGCCAUCGAGGGAGUCCCAGCCGCAGACAUGCUGCACUGUGAGGCCCAGAGCAAGAUAAAGGAAUCCACCCGACAGCUCUGUCUCACUGUUGAACGAAAUGGAUCAAAACUGUGGUCGCCAAUUGUUACAGAGGACGGUAAAGCUCACCCGUUUAAAAUAAAUCUGGAAGCGGAGAAACAGGAGUAUAAACCAAUUGGCGCUGCUCACAACCGGAGAGCUCAGCCGUUUGUUGCAGCAGCAAACAUUGACGACAAGCGCCAGGUGGUCAGCUCGUCCUACAACACUCCUAUAGGCCUCUACUCAUCAGGAAAUAUCCAGGAUGCCAUGGAAGGUCAAAUGCGAGGCCUGGUUCCCCCCAAGCCUGAGAGUACCAAAACUUUCACCAGCAUCAAGGAGUCUGAUGUGUACCGAAUGCUACAGGAAGACGAGGAGGAGCCCCAGGAGCCUCGGCAGUCUGGCUCCUUUAAAGCCCUCCAGGACUUUAUUGACAGUGAUGGUACUCGUCCCAUUGUGACUCGGACAGUUAAAGCUCCAACAACGAAACCAACUCCACCAACAGGAAACCUGCACAAACUGCCUCUCUGCGACAAGUGUGGGAAUGGGAUCGUUGGGACAGUGGUUAGAGCCCGGGACAAGUAUCGUCACCCUGGAUGCUUCGUGUGCUCCGACUGUGACAUGAACCUGAAACAGAUGGGCUAUUUUUUUGUGGAAGAGCAGCUGUACUGUGAGACUCACGCUCGUGCCAGAAUGAGACCACCAGAGGGACACGACCUCAUCACGACAUUUCGCUCUGCAUAGAUUCCCCUCCUAUAGGCACAGACACAUGCACUUUGGCAAACCAAAGCUCCUUACUUUGUGUUUUUGAGUAUUGAUCUGUAAUAUGUGGUUUGUGCAAAAUAUUAUGGUACAUGCCAGUUUGAUGGUUUAACCUGUAGCUCACAUUUCACAGCUGAUAUUUGAACUGUUUUGCUGUUUAAAGAGUCCUAUGUGGCAACAAAACAUUGUGAGACCUGCCAUAAUUUGAUAUUUUUCCAAUAAAGACUUUGGCUCAUA